AUGCACGAGCGGGAAGCGGAGCGGCUGCUGAAGGCGGAGAGGAGGGCGGCGAGCAGCGCUCGCCAAGUCGCGCCCCCCGCUAGCCCUGCUCAACGCGGCACACAAACACCGCCCUUCUCCGGCAGUGUUGUGUCGCCAUCCGUCAUCGCGCUAUCGACCCCCCUCUCGCCCCCGCACGCGCCCUCACACGAACCACCGCCGCCAGCGCGCCACCUUGCUCCCUUGCACAGCCCCACUCCCGCGCACGCCGCCGCUGACGCCAGCCCGUCGCCUCGUGGCCCGCCUCAUGGCGCGUCGCCCCUCGCGCCUCUCGCACAGCAGGGUGCCGGCGGAGACUCCAAAUCAUCGCCGUCGCGCCACGUGCAGCGCGUGUUCGUGUCGCUCAUCGUGGUCUUCGCCGCGUCGCUGCUGCUCCUCUCGCAGCUCCCCUUCAUCAUCUCCGUGCUGUCCCCCUUUUUGUCGCCGUUCGAUAUAAGCGUGGAGGAGGCGGAGCAGGUGGAGCAGGCGGGGGCGGCGCAGGUGGGCGGCGUGUGGUCGCAGCUGCGGGAGCACCGCGGCAGCCUCGCGCUGCUCUUCCUCACGCGCGGCCCCAUCCCCCUCGCUCCGCUCUGGGAGAAAUUCCUCCGGGUGCGUCGCUGCCUCAUGCGACUCCCCCCUGCGGCCCCCCUCUUCGUGCCUCCCCCCUCGUGCCUCCCCCCUCGUGCCUCCCCCCUCGUGCCUCCCCCCUCGUGCCUCCCCCCUCGUGCCUCCCCAAUC